AUCACCAUUUUUAUUCCGUGCGAAGGUCGUUCGAACAGAUUCAGCGCCUGCCCUCCCUUUGGAGUCACCAAAAAACCUGCCGACAGAGCAAACAAUGACGUUGCCUUCGUGCUUCCAACGCGACUUCGUCGAUGUGAGCAAGCUGCCUAAGCCAUUGCCUGGGUCUCCUACUCCUGUCACUAAAUCGUGUACCGACAUCGUCCAGCUCGUCAAGGAGAAGAAGAUCAAGGAGGCGAAGAACUUAGUGCGGACCCAGCACUGGCCCAUCGACGACCCAAACAGAGGCGAGCUGUGGCUGAAGCUGUGCCAGGAGCACACUAAGGAAAGUGUGCCGGGCGACUUCUACCACAGCACGGUCAGGGAGUCCCUCGGUGGGCUGUGGCCGGUGAACAAGCCCGCGUUCGUGGACCCCAUCUUCGACGAGGAGUACCUCCUCAGCUCUGAGGGGCAAAGACGCGCUGAGAGGGUCCUUUUCGUCACGUCCGUCAGCCACCCCUUCGUCACCUACUGCCCGGUCCUGCAUCCGGUCGCGUCCUUGCUGCUCCACUAUUUGCCCGAGGAGCAGACGUACGAGUGCGUCUGCGCCCUCGUGGACAGCACCGCGGUACGGCACCUGAGCCAGACGCGACUGACGCACGACAUUUCUGCCCACGCGCUAAUGCGGCUGACCAAGCACCUGGAGAAGAAGACGUACUCGCGGCUUCUCCGCAAGGUUCGCCGGGAGGACGAGAUGGAGAAGAUCUUCGCCACGUGGCAGCUGUGGAUCUUUCGCGGCCUGCCGUUCUAUCAUCUGGUGCGUGUGAUGGACUGCUUCCUAUUGGAAGGCGCCCGCGCUCUGUACCGCAUCGCCAUGGCCAUCCUCAUCCUUUACGUUAAGGAACAUUACAAGGAGCACCCCAGCAAGUCGUUCAUAUCGCGAGUAUUUAAAGCCAAGAAGACGAAAAGCACAGGUGUUUCGGCGGGAAGCUUUUCACGAGAGGGCGCUCAAGACGCGGAAAGCUUUCUGGAUGGGGUCAUUGCGUUCUGCAAGGACAUGCCCUACAAUGUGGACAAGUUCCUGAAGACCGCCUACAACAUCCAGGGAAUCAGCGCGAAGCUGCUCAGCCAGCAGCUGCUCAAGUCCGAGGCGUACGUCCGUAGCCGAUCGAGCGGGCGCGCGAGGCAGACCUCCGAGAUUGGCGGCGGCGGGGGAAGUCACCUCCAGGUUGCUUCGUCCCGUCUCUCGGUCAAGAACGAGAAGUACUGCGCUUCGCGCGCCGUCUCCGUCGGCCUCAUCGGCCUGGCUAACUUUCGCUCCGAGGUCCUCACUGGCGAACAGAUGGCCGUGGUGUGGAGCUGGCUGCCGGCGCGGAUCACCAUGCUCCGGCCGGAGGUGGUGUACUCGACCAACGUGCACGGCAGCAGCCUGGCCAGCCUGUUCGCGCACGCGGACGCGCGCGAGCCCACGGUGCUGGCGGUGCUGACGACGCGCGGCGAGCGCUUCGGCGCCUACUGCUCGGCCCGCUGGUCGGAGCGCCGGCGGCGGGCCUACUUCGGCACCGGCGAGACGUUCCUCUUCACGUUCGCGCCGGAGCCGAGGCGCUUCGCGUGGGUCGGCGCCGACUCGUCGCGGGACGUCCCGCACUCGUCCAAGCUGUUCCUCUCCGCCAACCAGCACGCGAUCCAGAUUGGCGGCGGGAACGGCGUGGGACUGUACAUCGACGGUUCGCUGGAGAACGGUCGCACGGAGCACUGCGACACCUUCGACAACAGCCCGCUGGCCGAGAGCAACGAUUUCGUCGUGCAGAUCGCGGAAGUGGUCGCCUUUGUGUGAUCUUCGCACGAAGCGAGGCGUCUAUAAUCACCUUUUUUUUUGUCCUAACGCUCGAUCCUGCGUGUCAAACUCACACGUCUUUUCGGUUCCGUACCGUCUCUGGUAGACGCCGCCACUGCGACCUUGUGGACUAUUUAAACCCUAGACUAACGGGCACAGUUUGCAAUGAAGACACUGCGACGCGCGGCCGUGAAGAGCUAGCUUUGACAAAAUUCACCCGCAGCAACACCCGCGCCCUCACCACGUUUUGUCAAGCGAAUUCCGGAUGUGAUCGCAGCUUUAGCAACGAAAACAACUGCUUAUACGACACUCAACCGCUUGCACAAGAGAAUUCAGUAUACGAUUCUUUACGGACGCACUAUUCUUACCGACAAUAAACAGACAAAAGAAAGUCGUAAGCCGACAAGCAAGCUGACCUCUUUAAAGAAAGUGGUGUCGCCAGCCUGUCACAUCAAUAUGUAAACACCUCUUGCGUUGCUGAGCGUGAUCUUUCUAUAGGAACCCAUCGGAUACGUGUACUUCUGUAACACCUAUAUUAAACGUUCUGCGCGUUAUCACUGCAUGAUUGGACACACUGACCGGUAAGGAGCUUUCCAUUGCAUGUCUUCGUUCUUUUCCAUUGCACU